AUGAACGUGGUGAAGUCGUCGCCGAUGACGAUGGCUGCUCGUCGUCACGCGCGCCCCGUUAAUAUUCGCGCUCGAUUGCCCGUGCCUCCAGUCCACACUGUAGCUCGUGCCUGCAGAUUGCCGAACUAUGCACAGUUACCAGUGGGCGGGGGCGGUGCCGUGCUGGUGCUCAGCGAACUUGAAAGCAUGGCGGCCCGGCAGCAGCGGGAGAUCGCCCAGCAGCGCCGACUCCUCGAGCAGCGCGAGGCCCGGCUAGCCGUGCUCCGGGGCGCUCAGGCACGACUGUUUAGGAGCAAUGACUCUAUAUAA